AACACUGCGAUCAGUAGCGUUUACGAGGUCUACGUGAAAGAAGACUCGGGCCCGGAAUCGAAGAACGGCGACGUGGCGGGUGUUUCGGGUUUGGGGCCCGUCGCCAAUCUCCAAUUGACCCAAGUAAUAAAUCGCUGCAAUAAUUUUAUCGAUAACAGUGAUUUGCGAGCGAGUGAAAUUACUUUCAAGGAAGAGUGCGUGGACUUGGAUACCGCUAUAGAUUCCGAAGUGAUCAAUAUCGACGGCACCGUCACGAAACUCGUCGGCAAGGACGCGUUAAGGUACAAAAUUUUCGAGCAGAGCGUUAGCGCGCCGGACAAGAAUGUGGUCGUAUAUUCACACCCCAUUGCCGAAGCACCUCCGUCCUCGACACCUCGGCUUAUCGAUAAGGAUGAUCCGCGAUCCAGGCUGCAUUUUGUAAAAUAUCUCAAACGCGACGGAAAGACGCUCAAGAUCUGGGAAUGUGGCAUUUGUUCAAAAGAGUUUCGCCAUCAGUACACUCUGAUGAGACACUUGCCGACUCAUACCGACGAGAGAAACUUUAAAUGCGAGGCUUGCGGCAAGGCUUUCCGACAGUUGUCAACAUUGAGUCAGCAUAAGGCUAUACAUAGCGAUGCCAGGCCCUACGUGUGCGAAUUCUGCAAGAAAACAUUUAACAGAGUAUCGACGUUGAUCUCCCAUCGGAAAACGCACUCGGAACACAAGCCGCAUAAGUGUAACGUGUGUGGUAAAGGAUUCCAUCAAAAGGGCAAUUUGCGAAACCAUGUGUUCACGCAUACAAACGAGCGGCCGUACAAGUGUGAGUUAUGCGGCAAGGGCUUCAAUCAGAUGUCGAAUUUGGUCUGUCACAAGGUGAAAGCGCACGCACACGCCGACAAGAUGCAGUAUUCGUGCGGAGUUUGCGGAAAGGAGUUUCCGCGCAGGUUUGCUUUGCGAUCGCACGAGGAGUACAAGCACGGUAUUAAGUACCGAAGCACGAGCAACGCGCAAUCCGCCGUGAACGAGCCCAACGCUGGGAAAAGCAAGAACGUUAGGAUUAUUCAGUUGUACAACGGCGAUCGGAAUCAAACGAGUGAGAGCAAAGAGAAGGAUUAUUUCGACUCGUCGGAUUUGAUGGACAGCAUCGUGAUAAACAAGAUCGAUACGAAAGCGAUGGAAAUGGCAUUGUUCCAAGGCCAGACUCCUUUCGCUCUUUACAAACCCGCGAAAGGUAUACCCGUACUCGUUAAAAUUUCGCCCACUAUGAAUAAUAAUAAGCACAUACUUACACCUGCGACUGCCGAAGAUUUGCGAAUGGCAGGGAAAAUAACUUUAAAUCCUACCGAGACUUCAGACGCUGACGGUAAUAAAGCUGUUCAGGUGAAGGUACCGGUAGUCGCUACUGUGAUACAGAAUAUCGAGCCCGAUGGCAGAUCUAGCUUUAUCAUCGAGCCUCCCGGUGCGGAGGAGGAGCAAGGUAAGCGUCAGUCUUGCAAGGCGAGACGUGGCAGAAAGAGACGCGCUCCUCUCUUUAAUCUGUCGUCGUCAGAUGAUCUGGUGACAGCGCUGGACUCGCAGUUCUCACCGUCUGCGCUCAAUCGCAACGAGCCGGACCGGCAAAAUGGCCCCAGCUCCACUACGUCGAUGGACGAGUGUAACGAGUUACUAGAACUAGCUGCGCAAGGUGGAAUACAGUUUGUUCGCGCCACGGAGGACGGUCGUUACGAGGUCAUGACGAACAGCGAGGCCCGCGACUUAAUGACGCAGAAUUCCCAUGACGUAACGAUUCUUGACGGCGAACAGGCGGACGCCAUCAAUCUCGUGAAUAUACGCAAUAACGGCGACGUCAUCAUCGGCGACAACGAUAAUCAGAUCAUGGUACUGGAAUCCGGCCAGAAGUCCAGCGGUAUGUCAAUGGACGCCAUCGAGAUUCUCGAAGAUAAAGACAUUAGAAUUCUCGACAGUAAAAGCCUCGACGAUCGUUUCGUGGAUGGCAUGACAUUCCUCUCGCAGACCAAGAUCGACGAUCUCCUGCUGGGUCCCAAACCGCUGCCUCUCGAUGGCGACGGCGCUCUUGCCGGGCACGACGAUGCGAUGGCCGUGGCGCCGAGCCAGCAGGACCUAACGAGCAUCUUGGGUCAUCCCUCGAACCUAUCCACCAGCUCGCAAUCCUCGUUAUCGUCUCUGUUAAUGAAGAACCAUCCGCCAUUGUCAUUAUUGGGCGAAACACUGCCGUAUCUAAAGAGCAGUCAGAGCAUUGCGGAAGAUCUAAAUAUUCUCGGCGCCUCCCCCAUGGAAGAUCAUCAUUCGGAGUACGAGUCGAAGUUGAAGUUGUCCUCGGUCUUCGACGACGACUGCGAUACCGGCUUGAUACCCUUUGGUCAAUCGGACAUGAAGAUGUUCGACUCCGGAAGUCAAUGCAUGAAGCCUUACAGUGACAAAUUUUGCUUUCCACCUCCGAAGAUAUUCCCCGGUCUAAACGAAGUGAAGAUCUUGGGACCAAAGAAUCACAGUCACGAGUUGAUAGUCCCGCAUCCUUAUCAAGAAACAAGAUUUCUUAGUCCUUACGAGCAGUUCCUCAAGAAUUCCAUGCAGAACGCUUACGUGUCUAAUACCGCCGAUCCCGCAUCCGAAGGAUGUAGGAAGGAGGUGAAAAUACUCGGUAAAAAGCUCGGAACUGGCAUUAUCACUACGACCGAGGAUGGUGACAUUGUUAAAGUUGUCGAUGACAAGUCUAAAUUUGAAAGCACGAUGGACUUCUGCGAUAACGCUUUGCAGCAGUAUACGACCGUGUCGCCGAGACGACUGCACCGGCAGCCGCCGAUGGAGAACGAUGCGGACAACUUUUUGCUUCAAACCGGCAGCCCCAGCUCGGAUUUUCUGAGUUUCGGUAAUCGCUUCGCCGGCAAAGACUUGUCGCCCGAUGGUCACAUCGAUAGAAGUCAGAGGAAUGAUCGCGGGGACAGUUUUACGUCUGGAGAAAUGUUGGAUCUGGAUUGACGAAGCGCGACGGUAGAUAAAAUGGACUCUUCUGGAAUUACUCGUUUUUUUGUGUCGCUAUCCUCCGCGGUUCGCCUGACAAAGUAUUCGUGCAUCGCUUCGAUCCUGUUCGAUGCGUAUAUAGAAAAGCGGAAGGUAAUACGUGACUAAAAAAAUAAUUAAAUUAUGCAAUAAGAGGGGAGGUGCGUCUUGGCAAUUUUAUAGUUUUCCGUUCUGCAAAAGAUUGCACCGACUUUCACAUCGACAGAUUGAAUUUUUAUUUACGCAUUUUUUUGCAAAUUUUGUUGCUAAGUAUUCAGUGAUACUGUAUGAAAAUUGUGCUGUCUAAUAUUUUUGAGAGCACGCAACGAUCGAUUUGCAACUGGAUGAAGUCCUUUCGAAAAAAUGAAUGAUAUUAUUUCUAAUAAAUUACGGAUGAAUCUCUGUUUUAUGGAAUAUGCUCGUAAAUCGAAAUAUUUGAUAUCUCAGAUAUUUAAUAAAUUUCUUCAUUAAUCUUUAUAUGAAUGGCGGUUCUUAAAUCACGCCAUAUUGCUACUUUCGGGUUUUCUACACUGAUUUACGUAAUAUGAUUGUAUAAAUCUGCCCAGUAUUUUAUAUUCAGAUAUUUGAAUGUUGAAGAAUAAAGUAUAAAUGAAAGCCUUUCUCUUUCAAACUCCCCUUUCACUCGACCGCGAGAAAUAAAAUGUAUAUCCGUUAGUACGAGAGAAAUCAUCCAAGCAUUGCUGUUUUUAAUAAAUACGUGGGAUAGAGAGAUACGAAAGGCUGCGAUAUCCCGACACGAAGGUUAUUUAGAUUUAUUCGCGAAUUCUCGACUCGGCAAUAUUUUCACCGCGCGCACGUGCCAAUACCAAUAGGUGGAGUGGUUAAUACCGUCUGCCCUAGCAUCCAUCCCUGCUACUUGAUAGUCAGCUCCCAUUCGGAACCGCACCGUCUUAUAUAGUAACCUGUACAAGCAAUCUGAUUCGCAAUUUGUGGGAUUUAGAGUUGACGUGAAAGACAAAUUAGUCGGCAAUUUGUUGACACUCGACUCUUGUGUGCGAAACGUUCAUUAGACGU